CUUUUCCCUCUCUUUCCACCACAAUUCCCACCGGAAAAUUUGAUCCACCCUUCAUUCCCCUUCAUCUUUUACAUAUUUGGUUCCAUGGAAUUUCCCAUUUCUCUUGAGGAAAUUCCACCUCCAAUCUUCAACAGUCAUGACCUGAACUCCCAUUGGGCCCUUGUUUUAUACACCCAAACCAUUCAAGGGCCCUAUAGUCGUUUUCUUUGAUCUCGAAGGAUUUAUGAUUUUCUGGGGAAUUAGGAAGAGGGAAAAUUUUGCAUACUUUUCGAUUAUAUCUUCUCAGGGGGGUGGGGGGUUUGGUGGCAUCAAGAAUCUGAUAUAAACUGGCUUUGUUUUUACUCUUGUUUUGAUUACUGACAUUUGAUGCACAUUUGCUCCGAUCAUCAUGGAAUCGGACAUCCAGCCAUUGAAAAAAAUGAUCAAAAAUUCAUGUGAAUGUGGUUACAAUUGUUCUAGCCCUACUGUUAACGGAUCAUGCACAAGAACAUGGAUUCGAUCUGUGAAACGAAAGCUCGAUGAACUUGAAGUCGAACGAGAGAAAUUCAUGAUCUUAUGUCCACAAGUCGCUCAUAUAGAGAUCGAAAACGAAUGUGGUGCGUUACGAGAAAUGGUUAACAAUCAACAAAAAUCCAUCCGCGAUCUUUCCGUUGAGCUUGAAGAAGAACGUAAUGCAGCUUCUUCAGCUGCGAACGAAGCCAUGUCAAUGAUCUUGAGAUUGCAACGUGAAAAAGCUGAAAUUGAAAUGGAGGCGCGCCAAUUCAAACGGUUUUCUGAACAGAAAACGAGUCACGAUCAACAUGAAAUUGCAGUGUUGGAAGAUUUGUUGUAUAAACGAGAACAAACAAUCCAAUCGUUAACAUGUGAAGUUCAGGCGUAUAAAUAUCGAAUGAUGAGUUAUGGUCUUACUGAAUCUGAAGCAGAAGGAGAAAAAUACGUCAUUACAAGCAGUAACAGCAUCGCAGCACAUUCAGAAAACCAAUUCGAUUUCCUUCCAUUUGAAUACCCUCCUCUCAAAUGCAACUCGAAUGAACAUGAACACGAAGAACACCAACAUGAUCAACAUGAAUAUGUACAUGAACACCAUGUUUAUCAAGAAUCUGAAAAAGAAGCAAUCGAUAUAGACAAAUACGCAUUUGGUGAAACCCCACGUUCGUUAAAAGACAUAGAACAACGAAUCAAUCAAUUAGAACAACCAGUACUCGAUAAAGUAAUCGUGGGUCAUUCUCCAAGAAAAUCAAAACUUUCUACUCGAUUUUCUUUAGAUAGUUCUGCUUCGUUUUAUGCAACUAUCAAAGAAGAACGACAUGAUCAUAUGAUGAACCAAAACCAGACACAACAAGAUUACAACAAGAAAGUUGAUAGUGUUUCCGAAUAUGGAAGUGAAAUGAGUGAUAGGAUAUACACUGUUGAUUCUAUUCAUUAUCAAAAGGGUAAUAAUAUGGGAACAUGUAAUGAUGAUUACAUGAGUGUCGUGAAGGAGUCCACGUGUCAUACUGAUGUACAAGAUCCAGAGGUGAUGAAGCUUUAUGCGAGACUACAUGCAUUAGAAGCCGAUAGGGAAUCCAUGAGGCAAGCGAUUAUAAAUAUGCGAACUGAUAAAGCACAACUUGUAUUACUUAAAGAAAUCGCUCAGAAUUUGUGUAAGGAUAUGUCGCCGGCCGGCAGGAUUCCGGCAUACAAACGAUCUGGUCUUGGGAAUCUUUAUAUCGACUCAGCAUUCAAGUGGGUUACAUCGGUUGUAUUGUGGAGAGGAAGAUCACGUGAAACCAAGUAUAUAUUUGGUAUGAAUGCGAAGAAUGCGGGGAUGCUAGUACUUUUGGAUAAGGGACCACAGGUGGGACAAUGGAGGUGUCUUUCAAGAACACAACUUUGAAUGUAUCGAAAUGUGUCAAAGUGUACACGUGUAAUGAACUUGAUACUUGGUCGAUUUCUACAUCAAAAACAUUAAAACAUUGUUUCUUCUUUUUUUUCGCAUCAUUUUGUUUAUGGGAUUCAUUCUUGUUGUGUAAUCGGG